GCCGCCUUCUUUUCCCCCACCAUCACCAUGUUCUUCGGUCGGCUGCUCGCGACGGCGCAGGCGUGCGCCCUGCCUGGCCGCUCGUUCUCUACGACGGCAUGCCUAGGGAAGAUGAAGACUCAUCAGGGCGCGAAGAAGCGCUGGACCUCGCUGCCGUCCGGGAAGUUCAAGCGUGCACACGCAUUCCACCAGCACUUGAACACCAACAAGACGCCGGCGCAGAAGAACAGGCUGGGGAAGACGGCAUACUCGACCCACACGCAGACAGUCAAGCUGAAGAAGGCGAUACUCCCCUACGGGACACAUUGAUCCAGUGCUAUAUUAUACGUAUGCGUGCUUUCGGCUGCAAUAAUAUAUGUCCAACCCCAACUUCCUCAUCAUGUUCCUGCUACUACCUGCGCUCUGACCUCUUCUGUGCCGAGGCCGUGCGAGCCUUACCCCCACCAAAGAACGCACGAAGGUCUUUCUGUCGAGGAUCAUGCGCAGAGCUUCCGAUACCACCUUUCUGGCGAACCUGUAACCCAUUCCUUGGUCAACACUCGACCUUGAUGCGUCCAAACUCACCAGACUAUUCAAAUGGUCGUGUCGGUUCACCUCAGUGAUA